GGCUGGAAAAAAAACCGAGCCUAGAAAAACAACCGAUUUGUUAUAUCUAAUUGGGAGCCCUGUGGUGGAGGGUUUGCGAGGGCAUGGUGCAAUUUUUGUUAAAAUGGCGGCCAAACUUGAACUUUUCGAUGUCUGUCCCCUACUUGUGCCUCAGGAUGGCACAGGCCGCCAUUACAUCGGAUACAUCUCAGUCGACAAACACAGCUAUCGUAUAGCUAUUCAUGUGCCAGAGGACAAUAAUCUGCAAAAUGCAAGAAUUGAAUGCAGCUGGAAACUUAGACACCUUUUGAGAGGCUGUGAUAAUGUGAUUAGGCAGAGGUUAUCACAAAGUGUGGAUCUUUGUUCAUUUUUAAUUGAACUCAAAACUCUAUUGGAAAAGCUGUUGAAAAGUAAGCCAGAAGGUGAAAAUCUGGUGGUGGCUCACCCCCUAUACUACACAAACUUGAUCAAGGAGCUUGAACAAAUAAGCUGGGACAAGUUAGUGUAUGUGGAUCCGUCUUUCAAAGUACUAAAAUUGAUGGCAAGGGACAGCAAGCUUAGAGAGCAUCAGAUAACUAUCCAGCUAUCUUCACAGCAUCCUACAAGUGCUCCAUCCUGUGUUACUGAGCUACCUGGCAAGUUCAGCUUCAACUGGCAACCGAAUGAGGCACCACUCCAGGCCUUGUUUCAACAAUUCAAACAGGUACUAAAUAGCUAUGAGGACUUUUGGGACAUGAUGGAUGAAGUCGACAGGAAAACAUGGGUUCUGGAACCAGACCGCCCGACCCGCGCAUGCACCACUCGUAGAAUUGCUUUAGGUAACAAUGCGUCAGUUCAAGUUGAGGUCAACCCUUCGUACCCUCGAUUGCUACCAGAGUGCAGAUUCCUUGGUGCAGACAAUGUUGUACUUCCACUGCGAGAGACGCUUCACUUGAAAGCCAACAUGUGGGAGUCCAGUGUGUCAGUCCUUACCAACCUGGAAAAUGUCAUGGGAGUUAAAUUUCCUUCUCCAUCUUCAUCAAAGAAGGAGGACUUUAGCAUGGAGUGUGGAAUAUGUUACGCUUAUCGCUUGAACGACACAAUUCCUGACAAGGCAUGCGAUGACCCAAGAUGUGGUCAGCCUUUUCAUAGGGACUGCCUUUAUGAGUGGUUGCGUUCCUUGCCAUCCAGCCGACAGAGCUUUAACAUGGUGUUUGGUGAAUGCCCGUACUGUAGCAAGCCAAUCACCGUGAAGAUGACGUCAUAGCGACAACUCCAACAGCAGCACACAUGGACAUAGUGGUAAUAGUGGCAAGAGUGGCUUGGUAAUAAUGACAAAAGUGUACAAUAAAUAAUUUUUACUUUAUUUCACACUAUUUUAUAAUACACUAUCAUCUUUGUAUCCCGCGGCGCUUAAAGUUUCUAUAAAAAUGUCGAUCUUGAAUAUCUUGUCAACCAUGAUAUAUAUCUAUUUCACUUAGCAGGGGCUAGGCAGGGGCUUGGCACUGGGUCGAGGUAAUGACCAGUAGAGGAUGGGCUCUGUCCCCAAUAUUUUCCCCGUUUUUCGGUAUUGUGCCUCCAAUGUUUCCAGGCCUGCUACAGCUGUUUUUAAUACUCGAGAAGCCAUGUGUCGAGACCUGUAGUUUUUCAUGGGUAAUACAAAAAAUGCUACAGCUUUCGAAACAUGGAUUUGCUCCCAUAAACGCUUAUUGGCUAAUUCAUUUUAUACCCAUGAAGCAAUGCAGGCUACGAUACAUUCAAUCUCCAGCUUUCGAAACAUGGAUUUGCUCCCAUAAACGCUUAUUGGCUAAUUCAUUUUAUACCCAUGAAGCAAUGCAGGCUACGAUACAUUCAAUCUCCGAGUGCAUUCUACUUGAUAUAGGUGUAAUGAAAAUUCGAUUCCAUUGUUUACAGAUUGUGUAAAACCUUGAGAUUCUGGGGAAGUUAGUGAAGUAUAUAUUUUAAGUGAAUGCAUGUCUUUGGAAUUUCACGAUCUGCACCAGGUUUGCAAAUGUUUUCUAGAUAAGGAAAACUGUACUUGGUGACUAAAGGAGUUGGACAGGAAAGCAACGACAUGCCGCCUUUCUCCAAUUAAUCGCCGCUAAUAAACAUAAAGUAUUUAAGAGAA